AUGAUGACGAGAGAAGCUUUGUUGUUUUCAACGGAGAUUUACGAUGUGAACAUGGUUUGUGGUACGCUGGAUUACGAAUGCUGGGUAACAAAUGAACGGCGAAUUGUUGUGGACGAAAAGGAAUGGGAUGAAUUGGUCAAUGGAAUCUUUGAGCCCGAACAUUUUUGGACUUAUAAAAAGGAUGAUUGGGAAGGGAUGCUACGGCGUAUGAAGGAGAUUCGCAGCAGUAUCGGUGAGCUAAUUCGCGUGGCUGUGCGUCGAACACUGCCACUGACACAAACUUAUGAACGUGUCAUCUGUCGUAAUUUCUUGAAAAAUAUGAUCGUACGAUUUAAGUAA